AUGGGGCUCCUAUCCGCGCUUCUGGUCGCAGUGUCUUGCGCCAAUCUAGGUGCUACCAGCGGCACACAUGAGCUGUUCUCGCUCCAGUUCCACGACAAUGGCGUCACAGUCCACAACUCGGCAGUUCUGGCAGGCCCAUCGAAUACCUCCACAGUGCCCAUCUCCGCCUCCGAAUCAGGCACCAUUGCACACAAUGGCGGCCACAUCAAAUGGCAGCACCUCAAUCCACAAGUCGUGAAAGUCACCGUCGACAGCACCUCCUCCUUCACAGGGGCUCGAUUCACCACUGCACCAUCAGACCUGUUCUACGGCGUCUGGGAAUACCCAUGGUCGGAACAGAUAACCAACAACGGUGUCGAAUUCCAACUCCUAGGCGCCGGCAACGAGGUCGGUAUAAAUUGGUCCAACGCCCGCGCGCCCUUCUUCCUCACAUCAGCCGGGUACGGCGUCUACGCCGACACGAACCGCAUGGGCUCCUUCGAUUUCUCUGUUCCGGGCCAGGCCCAGUUCGUGUUUAAUACCACCAGCCUGGUCUACUAUAUUAUAAUGCCUGCCGCCAAGGGUGAUUUCAAGUCUGUCAUCCAGGAGUAUACAGCCCUCUCGGCGAGAAUCGAAAUGCCUCCCGAUGCCGGGUUUGGGCCGACCUUUUGGUCGGAUGAUUUCGAGGAGGACUUCCAUCGUGGCGUGCAUAAUGCUCAGGAGAAUUAUUAUGAUGUUGUUAAUCAUCUCUACUAUAAUCGCAUUCGGGCGACUUCGUUUUUUGCGGAUCGGCCGUAUGGAACCGGAAAUAUGUCCUGGGGCAAUUUUGACUUUGAUCCCAAGUUCUAUCCUACUCCUAAAGAGUUCAUUGCCAAUUUGACCGCGUGGGGAUUUGAUUUCCAGGUUUGGGCUGCCAACAGGGCCUUCCUCAAUACGGAACUAUACAAUGCAUCUAUUGCACACGACUGGUUGUUCCCGGGUUAUACUGCAGAGAACUUCGAAGGACCAGCCCUAAACCUGUCCAUCCCGAAGGCGUACAAUUACUUCCUUGACCGUCUUUCGGCUUUUACCGAGCUGGGUGUGAAAGGGUAUAAGAUCGACCGUGGCGAGGAGGGAGAAAUGCCGUUCUACGAGCAAAACAUCCAACAGCCACUCUUCGAGGACCUAGUCCACACCAAUAUGAAACGCACCUGGGGCUCCAACUUCUACAACUUCGCCCGCUCAGCAUUCGACCGCUCCCGUGCCCGAACGGCAGUCUGGAACGGCGACUCGCAUUCCAACUUCCAAGGGCUGGCCUACACAGUCGCCUCCGGCAUCCGCGCGGGCUUAAUCGCCUUCUCACAAUGGGGCUCUGACACAGGCGGCUACGUGCGCGAGGGCAACGAGCCCACUGAGGAACUGUGGGCACGGUGGAUGCACUUUAGCGCCUUCUCGCCUGUGUACGAGAUCAUGAUUGGAACGGGCCACACACCCUGGUACGACUACUCUUCGCGACUGGUGUCUAUCCUCAAGCAGACGGCCAACUUCCACACUUCGCUCAUUCCCUAUAUCAAAUCGUGUACCUGGGAAGCAACCCAGACCGGUAUCCCGGUUAUCCGGGCGUUGUUCCUUGAAUAUCCCUCGGAUGAUAGUCUGGCUGUUCUCAACGCCACAAAUUCGUACGCCUUCGGUCCGUCCUUCCUGGUUGCGCCUAUCAUUUCAGCUGGCGGCCAGCGAGACGUCUACUUCCCGCGCGGAACGCGGUUCCUCGAGUAUUGGAACAAAACGGCCGUUUAUGAGGGUGGGAGCACGGUGAAUGUUCACCAUGAUCUGGAGUCUAUUCCUGUGUAUGUCCGCGAAGGAGCCAUUGUGCCCCGCGGAGAUAUUUAUCAAGGAAACGCCAAGUGGGUGAAGCAUUGGCAGCCGCAUGUGGUUAUCGAGGUGUUCCCCAGCUGGGAUGUCAAAGAGUCUCAGUUUGAGUAUUUUGGUGGAGACCAGACGAGCAAUGGGGGCGUCUCUAUUGUGAUGCGCACUGAUCGGGAGAAGGAUGAAGUAACUAUUUCCCAUGGGGAUCUGGGAGUGUCGGCUAUGUUGGUGGUCUACGGCAAGGAGGUGAAGAGGGUGUCAUUGGAGGACAAGGCGGGCAGUGUUUCUGUCUCGGGGGUGAGGAGUCUUUUUACGUCCGGGAAUUAA